AUGGCCCCGCCACCUAGCAUGCCCGACGGCUGGUACGACGGAAAGGAUAGGGACCAGUUCUUCACAAGUAAAUGGAACCGUGGAUGUUACGUCCGCUUUACAGGCUCCUUCCAAAAUGCCCAAGGGGGCACGAUGUUGGAUCUGCAUGGUGGCGGAGGGCAUACGCCAGCGGUUGCCGGAUUUAGCGACGGCGGCCCGUCAAACAAGAACCAGAUAUGGAAGCUCGUCGAGGUGAUAACCGGAGCGUAUGCGAUUGUGAAUGUAGGAAACAACCACCAUAUUGUUGCUCAAGGCAAAACCCAGCCUGUUCUCUGCGACGACCGCAGCAUUGACGACAAAAAAGGCUGGUGGCGCCUUAGCGGCCAGACCGGCAACAACAAAAACAAGUUCGAGACGCUCAGAUUCAAGAACCAAGAAUUUGACGAGGAUGGUUAUCUUGACUUGGCUGCUGGACACAGUGGUAAUGGCACCCCGGUUUACUGCUACAAAGGCAACAGCGGGAACAACCAGAAAUGGAAGCUUAUCUCGCGAAGUGGUUGA